AUGGACAAGGAACAGUUGAAUGGGGACCACGCUUUUGUGGAGGACCCGAGGAACGAAAACAUCCAGAUUGGUAUCCGGGACGGAGUCAGUCUGAAGUUCGAGCUUUUUGCAAGAAAUGAAGCCAAGGUAUCGGUAUUCGAUUCCUCGGUGCUUGUCGGAGACGGUGUCUGGGAAGGCUUGAGGGUCAUAAGGGGAAACGUGCAGUACGCGUACGAACACCUGGACAGGCUUUUCCAGACGGCGUAUGCGCUCUGGAUCGAUCUAGGCGUUAGCAAGCGGGAGCUUCUGCAGCUGAUCUACGACACGAUUGACGCUAACCCCGGCAUGUCGGAGAGCGACGACGUACACCUACGGUUGAUUUGCACACGGGGUCUCAAAAGCACCCCGUACCAGUCGAGAAAGGUCAACAUCGGAAAAUCGUUGAUCGUCAUCAUCCCAGAGUACAAAAAGGUGACCAAGGCACCGUACGAGGGAGGCAUCCGGUUGAUGACUUCUUGGGUGCGUAGAGGCUCUCCAGAUACGAAAGAUGAGAUGUGGAACCACCUCUCCAAGGCCACCGACGUGAUGGCAAGUCUCUCCGCCGAGAGCGCUGGCGCCGACGGCGCCCUCAUGUUGGAUCACCAGGGGUACGUCAAGACGUGCAAUGCAACUAACUUCUUUAUUGUUCGCCGCGGUGAGUUGUGGGCACCUACUCGGGACAACCAGAUGCACGGGAUCACGAGACAGAAAGUACUUGACCUGGCUAGACAGCACGGGGUUGUCGUGAAAGAGAUGAACUUCACCUUAACUGAGGUCUACACCGCAGACGAGGCCUUCUGUACAGGAACAAUGGCUUCACAGGUCCCCGUCAAGCAGAUUGAUGGGUUGCUCAUAGGCAAGGGCACCAUGGGACCUCUGACCAAGAGCAUAAGUAACUGGUACAAGGAGGACGUUCUCAAUGACGUCAAUAUGUCCAGGGAAGCUACACUGCAGAAACUAGAUUAG